CACUCUUGACCAGGAAAGGAGCACCCGGCCAGCAGGGUCUUCUGCUAGUGGGAGCACCACGUCCGCACAGGCACCUCGCAUCAGUGGCGUCUGGUCUCUGCAGCCCCGCGAACUUACUUUUUUUUUUCCCCUCACAGUCGAGGGGGACGCGAGCGGUCCUGUGACAGAAGGCGGCACGAUGACGGCUGUCGAAACCCAGAUGACGUACAGCAGCAACUCGUACACGAUCACCCAGGAAGAGAGGUACAUGACCCAGGAGGACGACUGGGACAGGGACCUGCUGCUGGACCCCGCCUGGGAGAAGCAGCAGAGGAAGACCUUCACAGCUUGGUGCAACUCCCACUUGAGGAAGGCCGGCACACAGAUCGAGAACAUUGAAGAGGAUUUCAGAAAUGGCCUCAAACUCAUGCUGCUGCUGGAGGUCAUAUCAGGCGAGAGGCUGCCCAAACCCGACAAAGGCAAGAUGCGUUUCCACAAGAUCGCCAACGUGAACAAAGCCCUGGACUACAUCUGCAGCAAGGGCGUCAAGCUGGUGUCCAUCGGUGCCGAGGAGAUCGUGGACGGUAAUGUGAAGAUGACCCUCGGUAUGAUCUGGACCAUCAUCCUGCGCUUCGCCAUCCAGGACAUCUCCGUGGAGGAGACCUCUGCCAAGGAGGGUCUGCUGCUGUGGUGCCAGAGGAAGACUGCCCCCUACAGGAACGUCAACGUGCAGAACUUCCACAUCAGUUGGAAGGACGGCCUGGCUCUGUGCGCCCUCAUCCACAGACACAGGCCCGACCUCAUCGACUACUCCAAGCUGAGAAAGGACGACCCCAUCGGCAACCUGAACACUGCCUUCGAGGUGGCCGAGAAGUUCCUGGACAUCCCCAAGAUGCUCGACGCUGAAGAUAUUGUGAACACACCCAAACCCGACGAGAAGGCCAUCAUGACCUAUGUGUCCUGCUUCUACCACGCCUUCGCCGGUGCUGAGCAGGCCGAGACCGCCGCCAACCGCAUCUGCAAGGUGCUGGCCGUCAACCAGGAGAACGAGAAGCUGAUGGAGGAGUACGAGAAGCUGGCCAGCGAGCUGCUGGAGUGGAUCCGCCGCACCACCCCGUGGCUGGAGAACCGCGCGGCCGAGCAGACCAUGCGCGCCAUGCAGCAGAAGCUGGAGGACUUCCGCGACUACCGCCGCAUCCACAAGCCGCCGCGCGUGCAGGAGAAGUGCCAGCUGGAGAUCAACUUCAACACCCUGCAGACCAAGCUGCGGCUCAGCAACAGGCCCGCCUUCAUGCCCUCCGAGGGCAAGAUGGUGUCGGAUAUCGCCAACGCCUGGAAGGGUCUGGAGCAGGUGGAGAAGGGCUACGAGGAGUGGCUGCUGACGGAGAUCCGCCGCCUGGAGAGACUCGACCACCUGGCGGAGAAGUUCAAGCAGAAGUGCUCGAUGCACGAGUCCUGGACCGGAGGCAAGGAGGAGCUGCUGUCGCAGAAGGACUACGAGUCGGCCUCUCUGAUGGAGAUCAGGGCCCUCAUGAGGAAGCACGAGGCCUUCGAGAGCGACCUCGCCGCGCACCAGGACCGAGUGGAGCAGAUCGCCGCCAUCGCCCAGGAGCUGAAUGAGCUGGACUACCACGAUGCCGCCACAGUCAACGCCCGCUGCCAGGGCAUCUGUGACCAGUGGGACAACCUGGGCACCCUCACCCAGAAGAGGAGGGACGCUCUGGAGCGCGUGGAGAAACUGUGGGAGACGAUCGACCAGCUGUACCUGGAGUUCGCCAAGAGGGCGGCGCCCUUCAACAACUGGAUGGACGGCGCCAUGGAGGACCUGCAGGACAUGUUCAUCGUCCACAGCAUCGAGGAGAUCCAGAGUCUGAUCACCGCCCACGACCAGUUCAAGGCGACGCUGCCCGAGGCCGACAAGGAGCGCAUGGCCACCAUGGGCAUCCACAACGAGAUCCUGAAGAUCGCCCAGACCUACGGCAUCAAGCUGUCCGGCAUCAACCCGUACACCAACCUCAGCCCCCAGGACAUCAGCAACAAGUGGGACGCCGUGAAGCACCUGGUGCCCCUCAGAGACCAAAUGCUCCAGGAGGAGGUGGCCAGGCAGCAGGCCAACGAGAGACUGAGGCGCCAGUUCGCCGCGCAGGCCAACAUCAUCGGACCCUGGAUUCAAACCAAGAUGGAGGAGAUCAGCCACGUGUCGGUGGACAUCGCCGGAUCCCUGGAGGAACAGAUGAACAGCCUGAAGCAGUACGAGCACAACAUCAUCAACUACAAAUCCAACAUCGACAAGCUGGAGGGCGACCACCAGCUCAGCCAGGAGUCCCUCAUCUUCGACAACAAGCACACCAACUACACCAUGGAGCACAUCCGCGUGGGCUGGGAGCAGCUGCUCACCACCAUCGCCAGAACCAUCAACGAGGUGGAGAACCAGAUCCUGACCCGCGACGCCAAGGGCAUCAGCCAGGAGCAGCUCAACGAGUUCAGGGCCUCCUUCAACCACUUCGACAGGAAGAGAAACGGCAUGAUGGACCCAGACGACUUCCGCGCCUGCCUCAUCUCCAUGGGUUACGAUCUGGGUGAGGUGGAGUUUGCCCGCAUCAUGACCCUGGUGGACCCCAACAACACGGGCGUGGUGACCUUCCAGGCCUUCAUCGACUUCAUGACCCGCGAGACCGCCGAGACAGACACCGCGGAGCAGGUCAUGGCCUCCUUCAAGAUCCUGGCCUCAGACAAGAAUUACAUCACGGUGGACGAGCUGCGCAGGGAGCUGCCCCCCGAGCAGGCCGAGUACUGCAUCAGCCGCAUGACCAGGUACAUCGGAUCCGACGGCGCCACCGGCGCCCUGGACUACAUCUCCUUCUCCAGCGCCCUCUACGGGGAGAGCGACUUAUAAAAACACAGUGGCUUUUCUCUUCACCCCUCCUCUCGUCCCCCUCCCUCCCCCCCCCCCUUUAAUUUUUUGUUUUCUCCUGUUCGGAGAGAGAGAGAGAGAUUGUGAAAACCCUUCCACUGUCCUCCCACAUGCUUUGUUCUUUUCCUCUUUUCAAAUCUUAAAACCCUCACCCCCUUUUAUUUCCUCCUCCUCUUCUAAACGCUGCCCAGAGAGGGUGAGAGUAGAAGACUCUGCUCAAAUCUGGACUCUCCCUCUUUUUCGAGUAUCUUUAAAAAAAAACACUCGCGUGCCGGGUAUUGCACUGAUCAUAUAUAUAUAUAUAUAUAUAUAUAUAUGACAUACCUGCCUUUAGGAGACGUUAAAACAGAAGGUGGUGACGAGGGAGAACGAGAAAAAAAUCUGUGUGUAUUGAGCAAAGCCUCCUGCUCUCCGCCCUCUCGCUCAGGUGACCUUUUCUUUCUUUUCUUUUUUUUUUUUGUAGAAGGGUUAUUAAAGAAGAAAACGUGAUAAAGAAGCUGGUUGGUCAGUUGGCUCGGUUGGUUGCUUGUGUAUUUGUGCAGAUGCAUGCUUAUGUUGAAGUUUAGAAAAAUGCCGUCUUUGUGAGACUGUUAACGUUUCAGUCGGAGGAGGAAAGAGAGAAAACAUCAGUCCAGCACUGAAACAUCUCUCUGAGAAAAAAAAAAAAAGAAAACCAGAAGACAACAGUGAAACCCGAAUGUUUGCAAAGAUCAAAAUUGAACCCCCCCCGGAGAUCUCAGGGAGCACAGGAGCAAAACAAUGGAUGAACGAAAGAAUCCAAACUUUUGAAGCGCUGAGCAAUAGAACAGGAAGUGACAGAGAGCAACUCGAAGCAAAGCACUGUGGGUAAAUAUAGACGAAGGAGAGAGAGAGAGAGUGGCGCGGCCGGGGUGGGGACUCGAGAAGGACGAGACAGAACGAUCCCACACACCUCUCUCCUCUCUCUCCAAACUCCUCGGGUGCGUUUCAGCUGAAUUAAAAGAUGGACGCGUUCCCACGGAGGAGGAGGAGGAGGAGGAGGAGGAGGGACGCGGAGCGAGAGAGGUGUCGAGCAGCGAGAGACGACAGGGCGUCAGGAAGGGAAGUUGUGGUCUAAAUAAAAGAACUAAAAACCCAGAGGAACCGAUACUGUAACGUGGGACCACACGGUCCCAUUUCUUUAAUUUUCAUUCAAGACGGGUCAGCCCAUGAGAACCAGUGCGAGUUGACUCAUAAUUCAUUGAUUUUCAUCCGUGCUCCUUUCUCCUCCUCAACUCAUUGUGUCCGUCACGAAAAAAAACAACUCACUUUCACACAGUUUUAAAACUUUACACACUACAACUUGGAAUAAAAAAGGACAAUUAUAUUACUAAA